AUGGUAAGUCAGUUUAUUCAUUGUCCUUAUAAAGAACAUCUUGAAGUUACUUAUCGUAUUUUGAGAUAUCUAAAGAGUAUUCUUGGUAAGGGUCUCCUUUUUAAAAGGGGAAGUAGCAUAAGUGUUGAAGUAUUUACUGAUGCAAAUUGGCCAGGUUCUAUCACUGAUAGAAAAUCUACUUCUGGAUAUUGCACAUAUGUGUGGGGAAAUUUGGUGGCUUGGAGAAGAAAAAAACAAAGUGUGGUUGCAAGGAGUAGUGUUGAUGCUGAAUACAAGGCUAUGGCUAACAGGGUAUGUGAGAUUCUAUGGAUAAAACGAGUUCUUAAGGAGCUGAAGCUGGACGUUAGUCUACCUAUGAAGUUGUUUUGUGAAACAAGGCUGCAAUAA